UUUGGCGAUUUUCGAACAGAUUAGCUGUAGAAGUGACGCGGUUGAAUUUGCCUGCGUGUAGCUUUCGGCGGUUUAACUUUUUGGUCAUGAUGGGCAACGGUGAUAGCAAGAAUCCCGAAGCAGUGGAGAAAACCACUGCGAGGAUCGAUGAGCUGAUCAAGAAGAAUAAAGUCGUGAUUUUUGCCAAAGGGUAUUGCCCGUAUUGUCACAUGGCUCGUGAUGCUUUCAAGGAGAUUGGGUACAACGACUCUCUUUGGAUUGAGUUACAGGAGGAAGAAAAUCCGUCCUUGAUGCAAUCCAUUUUGGGCAAGAUGACGGGGGCAUCUUCGGUCCCAAGGGUUUUUAUCGACGGAAAAUGCAUCGGAGGAGGUGACGACACCGUUGCUCUCAGGAAGAACGGUCAGUUGGCACAGAUGGUUUUAUUGCCUUCAUCUUUUGGUUUUGAACAUUUUGAAAGUUUUGCGGCAAUCGGCGCAUUUCGUCGGGUUUUCCUGUUGAGCCGCGUUCGUCCGAUCGCGCAAACUGGAGGAAUCUGGACGUUGGCGAGAUUUUACCGAGGAACCAAUGGACGUAGUGACAUUUGGGGACUCGAUUCGGUUUCUUCGUUUCUGGGGAACUUGAAAAGCUUUCGCGUGUCUCCUAGAAUGUCAUCAGUUAUGAGUAACAAAGAGGCUGUGCAGAAAACGCAGGAAAAGAUAAACACUUGGCUGGGGGAGAACCGUAUCGUGGUUUUUGCAGCCCCGGGAUGUCCGUAUUGCUUGAAAGCUAAGAAUGCUUUGGAAAGCGUGGGAUGCACAGACUACAAACUGGUGAAUGUUCCCUCGGAAAAAGACGCUCCGGUAAUCCUAACAUUACUCGCGCGGAUGACGAGAAAGAAACCAACGGUGCCGAAAGUAUUCGUGAAUGGGAAGUUCAUCGGUGGUGGGAAUGCACUCGCGCGAUUGCGGGAUAGUGGUCAACUUGCAGAUAUGGUGAAAGAAUGAGAGAGACCCGUUUAUUCUUCUUUUAUUUAUAUACUCGUCGGAUGUGGUGGAGGAUUUUGUUCUGUACCGAUUUACGCUGAUAAUACAAAAAAGUUGUCAACUCCGA